AUGAAGGACAAAGGAACUGAAAUGGAAUUGCACACAAGCUCUGUGGAAGUCGGUUCUGUGCUUUCACAAUGUGCGGAAUCAAAGGUGUACGAGUGUGACUUUUACAACUACCGGGCCGUUUGUAAACAUCGCUUUCGCAAGGAUUAUCGUCAUCCUGUAUUGGAUCAGAGGCUUCGUGAACAGCGAACUGUACGUGAAGCUCGUGCACUUAUGCGAUGUCGUAAACAUGGCGUAACCGCCCCAACUGUGUUUGCUGUUGAUCGUGACCGUUGUGCAAUUAUAAUGGAACGCAUUGAAGGCCUUACUGUACGUGAUAUUCUCGACAAUCAACAACGGCAACAACAAUCUGUCGAGCAAGCGAAGAAUGCUGCUCCCACAAUGGACAGAUAUCUUUUGCAGGGUAUAGGAGAAAUCGUUGGUCUUCUACAUAACGCAGACAUCAUCCACGGAGACUUAACAACAUCAAAUUUCAUGUGUACGACGCAGUUAUUGGAAGAUUACCAAACCUCUAAAGAGGAAUAUAAGAAAAAGACGUCUGCUCGUUAUGGUCUUGUUGUAUUGGAUUUUGGUCUGGUGAUGGACAAGAACAGUGCGGAAGAACGGGCGGUGGAUCUGUACGUGCUGGAGCGUGCAAUCAAGUCAUCGCAUCCCUAUCUCGAGCACAUUGCCUCUUCGCUAGUUCUUGAUGGUUACCGCCGCACAGUAGAUGCGCAGAAGGGUGCCGCCACACUUGCAAGACUUGAGGCAGUGCGGGCUCGCGGGCGUAAACGCAGUAUGAUUGGAUAA